CAAGGAGAUGCCGGCCGUGCACCUGGACACGCAGCGCAUGGGAACAGAUGUCGUCAUUGUUAAGAAUGGCAGAAGAAUAUGUGGCACGGGAGGCUGCUUAGCCAAUGCACCUUUGCAUCAGAACAAGAGCUAUUUCGAGUUUAAAAUCCAGUCCACAGGGAUUUGGGGUAUUGGAGUUGCAACGCAGAAAGCAAACUUGAAUCAAAUUCCCCUUGGUCGAGAUGUCCACAGCCUGGUGAUGAGAAAUGAUGGAGCUCUUUACUAUAACAAUGAGGAGAAAAAUAGGCUACCAGCAAACAACCUUCCUCAGGAAGGUGAUGUGGUGGGCAUUACAUAUGACCAUGUAGAAUUAAAUGUAUAUUUAAAUGGCAAGAACAUGCACUGUCCAGCUUCAGGAAUCAGGGGGACUGUCUAUCCAGUGGUCUACGUUGAUGACAGUGCCAUUCUGGAUUGUCAGUUCAGUGAAUUUUAUCAUACACCUCCACCCGGGUUUGAAAAGAUCCUCUUUGAGCAGCAAAUCUUCUGAAUGUCUUCAUACUGAGAAUUUGCACCCUGCACUGUUACAAAAGCUUUGUCAUCUUGAAGCCUCACUUUAUUUUUAGGAAACAUAUCUGUAUUUUUAGUAAGUACUUGUGACUGUUGUCUGCAGAAUAAAUAUGUUAACUGCAACACCAGGUAAAUGUGUUGCAAAUAAGAGUUUUCUGGCAUUGUUUUGUGGUUGAAAAUGAGUGUUUUGGGGCAGGGUUUUUCUCUGAUUUGUACUUGAUGCAUAAGAAGACUAAGAGAUUUUGCUGUUGUCAGUAUUACAUUCAGUAUUUUGAAUAAACUGGAGCUCUGUAAGGCAAAUAGUUCUUAUGCAUAUGAUAGCUAUGGAGACGGGUAGUUCUCCUGACUUUUUCCCCCCAGCCUUUUUCUCACAGAAAUAAUGUAAUUUCUUUAAAAGAUACACUGUGUUUCUAGUCUGUGAUUUGGAGUUGUGGUGUCCCAGUUGUGCACAAUGACUAAUAAUACAAUGGCAUAACUAGCAGCUAGAUCAUUUUAUUUUGGCAAGGUGUAGGUUAAUCCAUUCCCUCAAACUUAGACUAGCAAAUACAACUUAUCUGUUUCUUCUAGCUUUUCAUUUGCUUUUAUUGUGACCAAAAAAAUUUAGAAUUUUUCUAGUAAUACUUUUUUGUUGAACUUUAAAAAGCAAACCUGAACACUACCUGUGUGUUUGAGGACCAUCAUGCUCUGUUACUCUGGUAAGAGAGUAAGUACAGAUCACUCAACUUGGGUAAGCAAAGAUCCGGGUGAAGGGUAUGAGAUGUUAUGGUGAAGCCUUACAUCUCAACUGUAAAUUAGAUUAUUCUCUUAUGGAAUAGCAUAUUUAAUUUCUUUGUGAAUCAUUUAUAAAUGGCUAAGACAUUGUUCUAAAAUGUGAUGCCCUUGAAUAUACAUUGUGAGAUGCUAUUUUUUCCCCUCUUGUCAUAUUUAAUAUACUUCCUAGAAGAAUUUUUAUUGUAAAAAAAUAUCUUCAUACUG